AUGGAGGCGCGGCGUGGCUCAGCUGGCCCUGCUUGUCCUGUUUCUCGCGGCCGCCUACUUGUAAUCCGCCCGCUGCCAGCCAAAUCGCUAGCUCACUCCCUCCCUCCCUCCCUCCCUCGUCCGUCCGCCUCCGGCAGAUCCUCCUCCUGCUCCUCCAUACCGCCCGAAGCUCCGUCCUCCUCCUCCCGACACUUCGAGAUCUCCGCCCCGGACCCGUUUCUUCCCCACCAAGGUCGGCGGCCUCGCUCGAUCCCGCCCUGCUCGAUUUCGAUCCGGAGCAGCGAGUCUGAACCUCGCAAAUUUUCUUGUUUUGUUUCGGGCAGGCCCAGCGCAGCCGCCCGGCCGGCCCUCCCUGCUGCAGCCGCCGCCGCCAUGUCCAAGUCGGGAGCCCUGGAUCUCGCGUCGGGCCUUGGCGGGAAGAUCGACAAGGAACAAGUCAAAUCCGCGGUCGAUGAGUAUGAGAAAUAUCAUGGAUAUUACGGAGGGAAGGAGGAAUCGAGGAAAUCCAACUACACCGAUAUGGUUAAUAAAUACUAUGAUCUUGCUACUAGCUUCUAUGAGUAUGGCUGGGGUGAGUCCUUCCACUUUGCUCACAGGUGGAAUGGAGAAUCUUUAAGGGAAAGCAUCAAACGGCACGAGCACUUUCUGGCUUUACAGCUUGAGUUGAAACCAGGGAUGAAGGUUUUGGAUGUCGGCUGUGGAAUAGGCGGGCCAUUAAGAGAAAUUGCGAGAUUUAGCUCCACCUCAGUUACUGGAUUGAACAACAACGACUACCAGAUAACUAGGGGAAAGGCGCUUAAUCGGUCGGUAGGACUUGGCGCAACUUGUGAUUUUGUCAAGGCAGACUUCAUGAAGAUGCCAUUCUCUGAUAACACUUUUGAUGCUGUUUAUGCCAUCGAGGCAACAUGCCACGCACCUAAUCCGGUUGGCUGCUACAAGGAGAUCUACCGUGUAUUAAAACCCGGGCAGUGUUUUGCUGUAUAUGAGUGGUGCAUUACCGAUCACUAUGAUCCAAACAAUGCAACCCACAAGAGGAUUAAGGAUGAAAUUGAGCUUGGGAAUGGUCUGCCAGAUAUCAGAAGUACUCGGCAAUGUCUUCAAGCUGUUAAAGAUGCUGGGUUUGAGGUUAUUUGGGACAAGGAUCUUGCUGAAGAUUCUCCGUUGCCUUGGUACUUGCCCUUGGACCCAAGUCGGUUUUCAUUGAGUAGUUUCCGGUUGACUACCGUGGGACGAAUAAUUACUCGCAAUAUGGUCAAGGUAUUGGAAUAUGUUGGUCUGGCUCCGGAAGGCAGCCAGAGGGUCUCUAGUUUCUUAGAGAAGGCCGCGGAAGGUCUUGUCGAAGGUGGCAAGAAGGAGAUCUUCACUCCGAUGUACUUCUUUGUGGUUCGGAAGCCUCUUUCAGAAUGA